CAUAAGGCAUGGAAAUUUUCACACACAUAUAUAAUAGUCGCUUGAAAAUCCAUCUCUAAACCCUUGGACUGAUCCUUACUAGCGAUUAGCGAGCCGGCCAAUUUCUGUCCGCCAUGGCGAUUAUCUCCGAUUACGAAGAGAAAGAGGAAAUCCCCAAGCCCAAGAAGCCUUCCUCGUCGUCUUCAUCGGCCAAGCCUUCUCAGUUCAAUGCCAACUUCGAUCCUUCAAACCCUCUAGGGUUUUUGGAGAAGGUGUUCGAUUUUAUUGCCAAGGAGAGCGACUUUCUUUUCAGGGAUACAGUCGAGAAGGAGAUCGAGACGGUAGUGCGUAGAGCUGUGGAGAAGAGAAAGAAGCAGGAAGACUCACUUGAGCAUAGUAGAAAGGCUGAGAAGAGGGUGAAGGAGGAGCCGAGGACUGUCAAGGAGGAGCCCAGGACCGUGAAGGAGGAGCCGCAGACUGUGGCAUCUCUGGCAGAAGAGAAGAUUGAUGUGAAGUUGGAGCAAGGCGCCGAGGAGAAGAAAGAGGACAAUGGGCCUAGAGUUCCCAACCACGGUAAUGGUCUUGAUAUGGACAACUACUCUUGGACACAGACACUCCAAGAAGUGAAUGUUAAUGUACCAGUACCCAAAGGAACCAAAUCCAGGUUUGUGGUGUGUGAGAUCAAGAAGAAUCAUCUCAAAGUUGGACUAAAGGGUCAACCGCCAGUGAUAGAUGGAGAUCUUUGUCAGAUUGUCAAGCCAGAUGAUUGUUAUUGGAGCAUAGAGGAUCAGAGCAUGAUCUCUAUUCUUUUGACCAAGCACAACCAAAUGGAGUGGUGGAAGUAUUUAGUGAAGGGUGAACCUGAGGUUGAUACUCAGAAGGUUGAACCUGAGAACAGCAAACUGUCUGAUUUGGAUGCAGAAACAAGGCAAACAGUUGAAAAGAUGAUGUUCGAUCAAAGGCAGAAGUCCAUGGGACUCCCAACCAGUGAUGAGAUGCAGAAGCAGGAGAUUCUGAAGAAGUUCAUGGCUGAGCAUCCGGAGAUGGACUUUUCAAGGGCAAAGAUCUCAUAAGCGGAAAUUUUCUGGCUGAUUCUACGACAUAUAGAUAAUAGAACCCCAAAAACAAAACAAAAACAAAAAAGCAAAAGAAGUCAAAUAGAUUCUGUUUCAGAGGUGGGAGGAUUUUUUUUCCUUGUGUUUCUUUUUGAAUUCUCUAGUUGGUUUUCUAAUGUUUUGUUAGGGGAGAAUGAGGGCUUUUAGAAAACAUGUUCUCAUUCAUUUACUUUGCUACCAUGUAUGUACUGAAUUAAGGUUUUACCAUUUUAUUUUUUUCACGA